AUGGCGUCACCGAAAUUAUACACAACGAUCCACGCGCUUAAGACAAAGAUCGAGGUGCCGCUGGGGCUGUUUAUCGACGGGGAGUUCAGGCGGGGAGGCGGUGCAGCCUUCCACACGAUAAACCCCGAGAACGAGCAGCCAGUGGUCGCAGAUACCGUGCAAGCCGCGAGCAAGGCUGAUGUCGAUGCCGCAGUGAGCGCAGCCCGCCUAGCAUACAACACGACAUGGGGGCAGACAGUGGAAGGGAGUGAGCGAUCGCGGCUAAUGCGCAAGCUGGCCGACCUGAUAGACCGUGAUACAUGCCUACUCGCUGCGGUGGAAGCACUCGACGGCGGCAAGACGGUUACGUGGUGUGAGGGCGAUAUCGCCGACGCGUCUGCCUGUUUGCGCUACUAUGCCGGUUGGGCUGACAAGAUACACGGGCAGACACUCGAAGGACAUGCGCCUACGAAGAUGUCCUUCACCCUCCACGAGCCCGUCGGCGUCGUGGGGCAGAUCGUACCGUUCAACUACCCGCUCAUGAUGGCAGGCUGGGCGAUUGCGCCUGCGCUAGCAGUUGGCUGCUCUGUCGUAUUCAAGCCGGCUGAGGCGACGCCGCUGUCCACGCUCCUCCUUGCGCAGCUGGUGCAUGAGGCCGGCUUCCCAAAGGGUGUGUUCAACGUCGUCAACGGUAGCGGGCGCGAGACAGGCGCGGCGAUUGCAGAGCACCCCGAUAUCGACAAGGUAUCUUUCACCGGUUCCACAGCUACUGGCCGCGGCAUUGCCGUUGCUGCAGCGCGCUCCAAUCUCAAGAAAGUGAGCUUGGAACUUGGCGGAAAAUCUCCCAGUCUCGUCUUUCCCUCUGCGGACAUAGACGAGGCCGUCAAAUGGAGUGCGUUUGGCGUGUUUGAAAACGCUGGACAAAGCUGCUCCGCCGGCACGCGUCUUCUCGUGCACGAAAGCGUAUAUGAGCAGUUCGUAAACAAGCUAGCACAUGCGGCUGACGCGAUAAAACUCGGCAGCGUACUCGAUCGGUCCACGCAACAGGGACCACAGAUCCACCGCGCACAGUUCGAAAAGGUCAUGCAGUAUAUAGAUAUUGGUAAGGCAGAAGGUGCGCGCGUGGUUGCAGGUGGUACGCGUUACGGUGAUACUGGCCUCUUUAUCCGCCCGACCGUCUUUGCGGACGUACAUAACGGCAUGCGUAUCGCGCAGGAGGAGAUAUUCGGACCCGUCGUUGUCGUGAUUCCCUUCAAAAACGAAGACGAGGCGGUGGAAAUGGCGAAUGAUACCUCUUACGGCCUCGCUGCGGCUAUACACAGCAAGCAGGCAGAUGAGGUGGGAAGGGUGAUGCACCAUCUCAAGGCGGGAACGGUUUGGGUUAAUCAGUACACCAUGCUCUCGCAUAACACGCCUUUUGGUGGUUAUAAGCAGAGUGGGUGGGGCAGACAACUCGGCAGCUACGGACUCGACGCGUACAUGAAUGUGAAGGGCGUUAGCUGGAACUACGGCCCUGAGGCGGCGCCCAAGUUAUGA